GUUCAUACUUCGCUCUCAAGAUAGUUGCCGGUACUCGUUACUUUCUUUAGGAUAGAAAUUGAGAUGCCGUAACUCCUCCGCACUGUGAUUGACGCACAUCCAACCAAGACUCUUCUCCCAUUGGCCAUUCUUGAGCUCCCUUCUCUCUUUAGUUCCUUCUUUUCACCCCCCAACCACCCCCGGAUUUCCCCGGAUUAGACCUACCGCUCGCCUCUUUCUCUGCAUUUUCCCACUAGUUUCGAGAGGAGAGCGAACCUCCGGCAUCUUCGAAGUCAUCAGCCCGGGUUAACCCUUGGAUGCACAACAAAGCCGGGGAGUGAUAAAGACUAGGGAAGAAGUAAGCUGAAGAAAUCUCGCUCGCACACGCCCACCCGCACUCACACUUACACCAUUUACACCCACACACUCAUUCGACUGCUGCAACACUAUCACCAAACCCAAACAAUCAAGAAGAAGAAGACGGCGACUAUAGUCGUCGGCCUCGGCUAAAAUGCCUGGAAUACUACCAAUGAAACUUAUCAAAUGCGGCAGCAGCCAAACACGUAUUGCUCAGGCUUGCGACCGCUGCCGUUCAAAGAAGAUACGAUGCGAUGGGAUACGACCAUGCUGCUCACAAUGCGCAAACGUGGGCUUUGAGUGCAAGACGUCCGACAAGCUGUCUCGAAGGGCGUUCCCAAGGGGGUAUACAGAGUCGUUGGAGGAGAGGGUGCGAUGCUUAGAGCAGGAGGUUCGUGAGAUGAAGGAUUUGUUAGACGCGAAGGAUGAACAACUGGAUAUGCUCUCUCGGAUACACUCCUUUUCGCCUUACUCGCCACCUGCGAGUGCCAUCUCUGGUGGUUCGCAUAGAGCACAUAAGUCUCCGGAGAGCGCGAGGAGCGGUUCGGCAGAUUUGGGACUGGAUGAUACAUUUGUCAUUCACGAAACCUCAUCUUUAGUGGGGGGCAGCGAAGCGGAUGGUAAUGGUGCCUUCUACGUCGGCUCUUCCAGCGGAAGGCAAUUUUUAGAGCUCUUCAAGGAAAAAAGUGGGGCAGAUUUCAAUCCAGAUAUCCUUUUUGGGGGUUCGCAGUCGGUAAAACGAUCGGAACAAACUAACUCACACGAGGACACAAUAAAAACGCCUCCACGACUUUUGUCGGACCGCCUUUUGGUAUCAUAUUUUCAAGAGUACCAUCCCUUGUUUCCGGUUAUCCAUAGACCAACAUUUCUGGCUUCCUACAAGAAACUGGUAUCUGGGGGCGGGUCUCAAUCGAACACGUUACCCCACCACUCGGUAGCCCAGUUAUUCUUGGUAUUUGCUAUUGCACAGCAAAAUGAGGUAAGGCCGAGAACUGAUGGACCUGAUCAGCAAUUCGAUGCUCAGUGGCAGCGGUCUCUUAAUGCCAUUAUUGGGGAUAGCACUAUCGAGACACUUCAGUGUCUUGUUCUUGCUCAGUUAUACUGCUUUUCUUUGGGUGACUAUUCCAGGCUUUUGCAUUACAAGAGCCUUGCUGUUGGGAUCGCGUUGAGGUUAGGUUUAAACCAGAGCCAGAGGAAGUUCAAUUUGGGAGCCCUUAGUGGCGAGAUGAGAAAGAGGACGUUUUGGUGUGUUUAUUGCUUGGACAGCUUCUCUGCAGCAAUGCUCGGGUUACCCAAGCUUUUUAAAGAUGAGGACAUUGAUACAGAGUAUCCAUCCGAUAUUGACGACGAGUAUGUUUCCGAAAAGGGCUUCUCACCAACCCUACCGGGGGAUUCCACAAAGAUUUCAAGCGCACUGGCCCUAUUCAGAUCAUCAAGGGUUCUCUCUAAAGUUCUUGAUGCGGUAUACCCUACAUCAAGCUCUCAUGAAGUGAGCUAUACUAAGCUCAGGGAACUUGAGGACGAGCUUGGGGCGUGGAAGAGCGGACUAGCACCACAUCUUAGACUCGAGUUUGUGAAUGGCACACCAGCCACCAAUGUCGUUGACAGCCGAUCACCACUAUUGGUGCUGGCCUAUCAUUAUAUUCGAUCAUUGAUUCACAGACCGAUUAUUGGCUCGACCUUAGAUAGCAAAGUAUCUGCAUCUUUGCAUAUGAUCCGAGAGUCCAGCAAAUGCAUCAUUCAGAUUAUUCAAUUGCUCACCGAACGUAAACUCGGGUUUUCGUUCUGCCUCAACAAAACGCAAUUGCUCCUUAUGUCCGGGUUUACUCUUUUGCACAGCACAUUAGACUGCCCACAACACACACCGUUGGCGAAGGAGAACCAAAGGCUAAUUACCGGUGUUUUGGAGGAAAUCGAAAGCUGUCACCCCCUUGUGGCCAAGGAACUUAGGCCCAUCGCCGCUGCGGUUGUAAAUAUCGAGCCGCGGGUAGCCGCGAGCAGCAGAAACCAACACGAGAAGCCAAAGGAGCAUACCCAGUCACCCUUAACGCCACCUUUGGUCAGUCCUACAGAGCAAGGACCACUGCGGAGGAGAUUUUCUUCGAUCUCGGCAGAGUUUAGUUUACGCAGAGGCAAGAGUGGGGACAUCCGUCGUGCAAGUAGCCAGGACAUGUCUGGUAUGGGUGACCAUGGCGGUGUUCGUCUGACCUCUGCGUCACUCACGGAUCUAUCACCUACGCCUCGAACCCGAUAUCCUGCAGCCAGCCAUGCGGCAACAGUCAAAAUUUCUCAAGGACGCCAAAUCCUGAUUUCUGAUUCACCAUAUCUCGAUGGUCCCUGGGACAUGGGAUCCAAUGACCUGCAUCCGAACUCGCAGAACCCGCCCCCGAUAUCGGCGUAUGAUUGGGAGAGGCUGCUAGCCGCAAUGGACCAGACACACGCAACGCACAUUUACGGAGGAGAGGAUAGGGGCAGCGGCACUUUCAUCCAUCCCUCUGAUUCCCUAUCUGCCGAAAUAGGUACCCGGCCGGUAGAUCAGCAUUGGAGUCUGAGUGAAACUCCCACAACCGCGUCCUUCCGCGGUACCCCGCCGUCCAUAUCGUCGUUCUCCACGUUGUCGGAAGAGAGUUUCACUGGCGGCGACGACGUGCGGGCCGAUACAGGAGACCUGGACGUUGACAGUGGCUACACCGAUAGCGAUAACCUGGGCGACUUUCUUGGACCGCUGAUGGGCACGCGGAGUGAUGGUUCAGGUGGGGUGUUACUGGAGAAUUCAUGGCACAUGUGACGGGGCUUUUUUUUCCCUUCUUUCGUCCCCUUUAUUCCCUAUUCUACCUACCUCUUACUACUUCCCUUUCUUUCUUUCUCUCUUUGCUCUACUGUAACCCCCUUUUUUCUUUUUAACCCUCCUCACUUUAAAACGGUUUCCCUCCUCUCGUGCUAUAUUAUCUCUUCUUUUUUCCUUUCUUUUCUUUUUUAUAUUCCCCACCCCUUCCAUCCAUCAAUCCUUCCAUCCUACUUCCCCAAACAGCGUUGUCCCCCCCUCCCCCCCCAGAAGAGAAGGAAGGGGCCCCUCUUUUGUCCAUCGUGCUCUACGCAAUCAAAUCCGAUCGAAGGAUGGGCGGUAACCGCGAGCGGCUACUGAUUAGCAGGUAAGUAACAAGUAAUGUGAAGGUGAAACUGCGUCAUGUAUUGCUAUGUAUUGUGUUGUUUUUUUUGUUUUUCUGUUUUUUUCAUGUGUGUAGCAGCACUCGGUAGUUAGUUUUAGCAGUUUUCCCAAACCAUUUUUUUCCC